AUGCCCCGCGGCGCAGCGGCUCACGGCAAAGCCCCAAAGCCGCUUGCAUGCGCGCACGCAGCUCUGCAUGCAUGCAGAGCUGCAUGCAUGCAUGCAGAGCUGCAUGCAUGCAUGCAGAGCUGCAUGCAUGCAUGCAGAGCUGCAUGCAUGCAGGCCCCCUUGGGGCUUUUUUGUUUAGGCCUGUGGGUCUAUUUGCGGGUUUGUUUGCGUGUCAGUGGUGGGGUUGUUGUUAUUUGGACUCUGACGAAAAGUUUUAGAAAGAGAAAAAGUCCAGAUUGGCCGCAGCCUAAGGGUACAAAGAGCCAGUGCAUGCAGCGGCCGGGGGCCCCCGGGGCCCCCCCCCCUUGA